CAACAACGGUUCGACUCUCGGUCCGUUGGAACAGCUGUCCGUGGUGAAACAAGUAGGCGAUUGCUAAACUCAAUUGUUAUGUGUCAACUUAACCGACUGGUAAAUUAGCUUUACGGUGAACGUGGAAGAAGUUCAAAGAAACAAUAGAUUAGCUACUUGAAACUUAAUUGUCGAAGCGGUGGACUACCAUUGUUAACGCCGUGUUAGUUGAAAACAAGUAAAUGACACUCUUAUCAACGUUAGCAAGACAUUUACGGUUAACCGUCUCGGCUGCAUCUGUGCCUUUAGCUGGCUAACUAGAACAGCCUGUUCUUAUCCGAUUUAAGCAUGGACGCGUUUGUAAAGUUCACAAACCAAAGUCAAGGAAGGGAUCGUAUAUUCAGGGCCACCCAGUAUGCAUGUGCAUUGUCGAUAUAUCUGCUUCGAAACACCUCGGAAAGAAAGGACCUCGUGGCAAAACUCAAGAGUCUUGAAGCCACCAUGAGCGCUGGACGAAAAUUGUUCAGGCUGGGAAACACAAUAAAUUCCAUUGAGGCUGCUAAGCGAACCAUGCGACUGUCUGACCGAGUGCUGGGCCUGUGCCUUACUGCCGCCAACAUCAACCGCGCCCUCUACUUUAUCUGUGACAAUGCACUUUGGGCCAGAAGUGUCGGCCUUAUCCGCGAUAUCGACAAGGAACGGUGGAGCCUUAAUGCCUCUCGCUGCUACUUCCUCUCGCUGGUUAUGCAUCUGACCAGAGAUGUUUAUGUAGUUAUUCAGUUAAUGGCACAGAAAGUAAGAGAUAAGCACUUUCGACAGAAAAUGGAUCAACAUCUCAGCGAGAAUCCUGAAGUAGUCGAAGUUGUCGUUCCACAGCUGGAUGCUUUUCUCUUUCUGCUGUUGGAGAGCCUAAAAUCACAUCCCGCUGUUGCCCUGGACACGCUGAAGAAUAUCUGUGAUCUCUUCAUUCCUUUAGACAGGUUGGGUAUAUACCAGUCAAAUGCAGGUGUGGUGGGAUUUUGUGGUCUCAUGUCUUCACUGAUCGGGAUUUUGACCCUCACACAGCCUGAGUUGAGAAUCAAACCGUGAUAACAAAGGUAGAAAAGAACUGGAUUGACCAACUUCAGAUAAAAACGUUAUCACAACAGGGUUUCUAGCUGUAAAUGAGGACUAAGGUCAACCUUGUGCACAAUGAGGUUAGGUAACACGUCACUGGCACAUUGUUUUCUUAACAUUUAUGUAGGAUUUAUGAUUUGCAAGAAAACUCAAGUCUGCAAUAACUGAAAGACUUGCAGGUUUCCUUGGAUGACUGGAUCUGAUUGUUUUGUACCUCCCAGAAAAAGAUGAAUUGAACUUAUUACAUCAUAGUUAUAAAAUAGACAAAAGCAAUGCAUUGAAUUUGGACCAGAUGAAGUUUAAAGGGAGCAGAUCAAGUUUGUAUCAUAACCUUUUGUAAUUUUUUGUAAUCUUAAAGGUCCUACAUCGUGCAUUCCUGUCUUCUCUAACAUCACACAUAACACCAGCAGUUUUUUAACUUUUGUACUGAUUCUUACUGAUGCAAGCUUUUGUAUCUGCUUUUGCAUCCAUCUUUUUGUAAAAGUAUGACCUCAAUCUGAGUAGUGCUGCCACUUCAGGUCCCUUGUCUUUGUCUUAAAAUGCUGCUACAAGUUUUACCUCUUAUGAUUCAAGUCAUGAAUUAGUUGACAUUUCAGGGGAUUAAAUCACCUCUAAAUUAUUUGGCUGUUGGCUGAUUUCACUGUUUAACUUAAAAAGUGUGUAAAAAAAAAAAUUAAAAAUGUUUAAAUGGUACCAAUAUAACCAUUUUAAUGGAAAAAGGCACCUUAGAUCAUGUGUUCACAAGUAAAAUCUUAAUAUAUUGGUUCGGAAUUGUUUGUUUGUUUUAUUAUUUUCAUCCAAACAAGUUCACGUGGACAAAUUAGGGAACUAAAGUCCUUAAAGCUUCCGGUGCACAUGCUAUUAUGUUUUAGUUUCAUCUAUUUGAGAUGUUCACUCUCAUGUUUGAUGAAAAAUGAACAGCCACAUAACAGGCAUAAUGAUUUUAAAAUUGUUCUUUUAAAAAAAAA